GCUUCUCGCGGCCACCCUCUCCUUUCUCUCCCUUUUCUUUUUAGACGGAUCUCGUUGGGUCCCUCGGGUUGCUGGAGAGCCCGCCAUGUCGUCGGAGAAGUUCUUAACCGUGGACCAGUCCACCUACUGUGUGCCCGACAUCUCCGUCAAGGAGCUGUUGGGGUGCAUUCCGGCCCAUUGCCACCAGCGGUCGGCGCUCAGGUCGUCGUUGUACAUCGUGCAAGACGUGGCCAUCAUCGCGCUUGUCUACAAGGCUGCGACCUACGCCGAUGGGCUCCUCAACACGGUCACUCUGCCCCACCCUCUCCUGUACCCCGCUGCCCGUCUCGCUAUCUGGGCGCUGUACGGCUUCUGGGUCGGCCUGUUCGCUACCGGCCUCUGGGUCGUCGCGCACGAGUGCGGUCACCAGGCGUUCUCCACCUCCAAGACGAUCAACAACACCGUAGGCUGGUUCCUCCACUCAGGGCUCGGCGUCCCGUAUCAAGCCUGGCGCAUCACGCACGCGAACCACCACGCCCACACCGGCCACAUGACCCAGGACCAGGUCUUCGUCCCCAGCACCCGCUCUGAGCGCAACCUCCCGCCUCUCAACGCGGAGAAGGAGGACUUGCUCGGGUCGCGCGUGUCUGAGGAGAUCGCACGCGAGUUCUGGGAGGCGCUCGGCGACUCACCCAUCUCCGCUAUGUGGGGAUCGAUGAGCUACCUGCUUGGUGGCUGGCCUUCGUACAUCAUCAGGAACGCCUCGGGCCAGAAGAGGUACCCUAAGGGCACCAGCCACUUCAACCCCAACUCUCCCAUGUUCAGGAAGGACCACUACAACCAGAUCAUGAUCUCCAACGCUGGUGUCCUCAUCUGGGCGACCGUCAUCGGCACCUGGAUCUACCAGCGCGGCUUCGCUGAGGUCUUCCGCCUCUACCUCGUCCCGUACCUCUGGGUCAACCACUGGCUCGUCCUCAUCACCUUCCUCCAGCACACCGACCCGCUUCUGCCCCACUACCGGGCGCCUGAGUUUACCUUCCCCCGCGGUGCCCUCUCGACCAUGGACCGUAACCUGCUUGGCGACUGCGGUGCGCUCAUGGGCUGGAUCGGCGCCUUCGCGACGCACGGCAUCUCCGAGACGCACGUUGCCCACCACGUCGCGAGCAAGAUCCCGCACUACCACGCCUGGGAGGCCAGCGCGGCGAUCAAGAAGAAGGUCGCGCAGUACGGUCUUACGCUCGAGGGUGCGCCGGGCGGCUGGCGCGAGGUCUACCGCGUGUACAAGGAGUGCAAGUUCGUCGAGGAUGAGGGCGAUGUUGUGUUCUACAAGAACGCCCAGGGUCUCGCCCGGUGCCGGCCCGUCUUCCACGACAGCACUGUCAGCGACUCUGGUGUCGAGAUGGAGUCCAAGUAGACGAGUCGACUGUGAACGCGUUUGAAGCCCCGACCUAGACUUCGACGUUACGAUGAACGAUGAGUAGACUUUUGCCUUGUUUGCAGAUUGGGUGGGUUGCGCGUUGCAGAUUACGAGGGUCUCCUUUGGCAGGGGGGUUGUGCUUUCUUGCUGAAGGGGAUCACGUUUCGUUAUAAAGUCACUAAUUGUAUGAGUAUGCGUAGAGGGCGUCGUAGAGUGGAUGCUCCUGGCGUGCACGUACAUGUAGAAAAAAGCCUAGCGCUCAAUUGAUGCAUUGUUCUCCACUGAAA